AUGGCAUAUUCCAUUUCUACACAAAAUCUUGUGGCCAUUUCAGAUGUGCAUCCCAACCUUGCUCGUCCUAGUAUAAUUGGUGUGGUGAUUGGGAAAACAGAUGCCAAAGGCUUUCCAGACAGAAAAAACAUUGGAUCAGAAAGGUAUACUUUUGGUUUUACCGUUCGUGAUUCACCAUCUUACUUCAUAAAUGUAAAUUCUUGGGGAAGAGAGGACUAUAUUAAAUCGCUUUCAGAAAGCUUUAGAGUUGGUGAUUGUGUCAUAAUUGAAAAUCCUUUAGUACAGACAAAGGAGGUUGAAAAGGAGGAAAAAUUCAACCCUACAACUCCUAGUUGCUACAAGCUACUGCUCAGCGAGAAUCAUUCUGUUGUCAAAAUCUGCUCCCGCUAUGAAGUGGACACCAAACUACUGUCCCUGUUGAAUCUACCUGUGAAGGACCCUCAGGAUUUUUACUCACUGGGGGACAUCAUGGCCAAUGGGCAGAGCCUGGAUGGAAGAAUCAUUAAUGUUCUUGCAGCUAUUAAGUCAGUUGGCGAACCAAAGUAUUUCACCACUUCGGACAGACGGAAGGGUCACAGAUGUGAAGUACGGCUGUAUGAUGAAACAGAAUCUUCCUUUGCGAUGACAUGCUGGGACAAUGAAUCUAUCCAGCUUGCACAGAGCUGGCAACCUCGAGAAACAGUGAUAUUUGCAUCAGAUUUAAGAAUAAACUUUGACAAAUUUAGAAACUGCAUGGUUGCAACUGUAAUCUCAAAAACCAUAAUUACUACUAAUCCUGAUACACCAGAAGCAACUAUUCUGCUCAAAUUUAUAAGAGAAAAUGCAGAAAUGUUAGAUUUGGAUGAUGACAUGGGAGAUCAAUUCAGAGAGUUCAUAAAUUUGCAGACAGUAGUUGAUGUUUACACAGUGGAGCAAUUAAAGAUUAAAUCUUUGCAGAAUGAGGGAAAACCAGAACCUUUCUAUGGUAUUAUUUUUGCCUACAUUUCUACACUGAAUAUUGAUAAUGAAACAGCUAAAAUAAUACGAAACAGAUGUGCCAAGUGCCGCUAUGUGGUCAAUGAAACAACAAACAUGUGCUCUUUCUGUACCAGAUUUCCUUCCUCCUCAGAUGUCAUGCCAGUCUUUGCGAGCUUUGAUUUACUAGUUGAUCUGACUGACCACACAGGCACCCUUCAUUCUUGUAGCCUCUCAGAUACAGUGGCUGAAGAAACGUUAGGUUUCACAGUUCAGGAAUUCCAGUCUCUGACAGAGGCUCAAAAGACAGCUCUCAAAUGGCACCUUCUUCUAGAACGAAGCAAAAUUUAUUUUAAAGUUAUUCUUUCAACCAGUUCACGAACCGGUUUAAGAGUGAGUCUACUUUCUUGCAAAUUAGCAGAUCCUAUGGAGGCCAGUCAAAAUCUGCCUGGAAAAGGAAAAUAAAUACGUUGUCCAGCUUCAAAAA